GAGGGGCAGAGACACAAACUACUGCAGGAAAUCUCACCAUUGUGGGAGGGGCAGAGACACAAACUACUGCAGGAAAUCUCACCAUUGCUGGAGGGGCAGAGACACAAACUACUGCAGGAAAUCUCACCAUUGUGGGAGGGGCAGAGACACAAACUACUGCAGGAAAUCUCACCAUUGUGGGAGGGGCAGAGACACAAACUACUGCAGGGAAAUCUCACCAUUGUGGGAGGGGCAGAGACACAAACUACUGCAGGAAAUAUCACCAUUGUGAGGGGGCAGAGACACAAACUACUGCAGGAAAUAUCACCAUUGUGGGAGGGGCAGAGACACAAACUACUGCAGGAAAUAUCACCAUUGUGGGAGGGGCAGAGACACAAACUACUGCGGGGACAUCUCACCAUUGUGGGAGGGGCAGAGACACAAACUACUGCUGGGAAAUCUCACCAUUGUGGGAGGGGCAGAGACACAAACUACUGCAGGAAAUCUCACCCAUUGUGGGAGGGGCAGAGACACAAACUACUGGGGGGAAAUCUCACCAUUGUGGGAGGGGCAGAGACACAAACUACUGCAGGAAAUCUC